UUCAUAACGCGGCUCAGGUUUAGGUACUGUAGGCUAAUUUAGUUGCUCCAUGAUUCACGUCGUCGACCCUGUGACUAGUCUACACUUUUACUAUACUGUGGUGUGUCAAAAUACAAAUAUUCCAGUGUUUUCUUCGGAGAGCUAGUUAUUUCAAGAGGAAUAAUCAGUUGGAGUAAGGAAAACUACCGGUAGGUUGUUUCGCCUACAGUAGGGUUUCGCCUAUGCUGUCGCAGUACGCUCCUUUACAGUAGCGAAAUAACUAGAGUAGGCUACAUUACAAGAGACGGCUGAAAGACCGUUUGGUGGGUCUCCGCUAACCGUUACAUGGAUUGAAGAUAUCCAGCAGGAGCAACUAUGGUGCAAACAAGGUCCCCAAUGCUCUGUCAACUUCAUGAGGCAGCGAUUGCACCCAGUCGACAGUGAGGAGUGAUAACUCGUCCCCACCCCCCAUCCCCACCAUUGCCAAAAUGGUUUAAUCCGCCCACAUGAAAGCAUCACCAUAACGAUGGCCUCCAUGGUUGUCAACGGAAACCGGGCGGGACAGUCUCUAGUCCUGAAAGGAGUGGACCCUGAGACCUGCAUGAUUGUUUUCAAGAACCACUGGGCACAGGUGGUGAAGAUCCUGGAGAAGCAUGACCCUCUCCGCAGCUCCAGCAUCCCCGCCCUCGGGGUCAUGAGCCUUAGCGGCGGCCUGCGCUUCGGGACCAUCCCAGGCGACGAGGCGAGCGCCGUGCAGAACUACGUGGAGCACAUGCUGUUCCUGCUGGUGGAGGAAGCCAGCGGGCAGGCGGGCGCCAUGGGCCCCAUCCUGGAGUUCGUGGUGAUGGAGAACGUGAUGGAGCGCCUCUUCGUGUGGAGCCUGCGGCGGGAGUUCACCGACGACAUGAAACUGGAGCAGCUGAAGAUGUACGAGAUGCUGGUGGGCGAGGCCCAGCAGCCGCUGCUCCACCACAAGCCCGUGCUGCGCCCGCUCAUGAUGCUGCUGUCGUCCUGCUCGGGAACGGCGGCGCCGGCGGUGGAGGAGGAGCUGGUGCUGCUGCUGAACCAGCUGUGCUGCGUGCUCGCCAAGGACCCGUCCGUGCUGGAGCUCUUCUUCCACACCAGCGAGGACCAGGGCGCCGCCAACUUCCUCAUCUUCUCCCUCCUCAUCCCCUUCAUCCACCGCGAGGGCACGGUGGGGCAGCAGGCGCGGGACGCCCUGCUCCUCAUCAUGUCGCUGUCGGCCGAGAACCGCCGCGUGGCGCAGAACAUCGCGGAGAACACCUACUUCUGUCCGGUGCUGGCCACGGGACUGAGUGGCCUGUACUCGUCCCUGCCCACCAAGUUGGAGGUAAACGCCGCCGACUGGCACUGCCUCCACAGAGAAGACUGGCAGCAGAUGCCUGCCCUCGUCCAGUUCCUGAACUCUCUGGAGUUCUGCAAUGCUGUCAUCCAGGUGUCCCAUCCUAGCAUCCGGGACCAGCUGGUCAGCUACAUCUACAACGGCUUCCUGGUGCCUGUCCUGGCCCCAGCCCUUCAUAAGCUCACCCUGGAGGAGGUGAUGACCACCACGGCGUAUCUGGACCUGUUCCUCCGGAGCGUGUCGGAGCCCGCCCUGCUGCAGACCUUCCUCUCCUUCAUCCUCCUCCACCGCUACGAGAACGUCCACAUCCUGGACACGCUCGUCAGCCGCAUCAACACCCCCUUCCAGCUAGGCACGGUGUCUCUAGCGCUCUUCCGAACACUGAUUGGCCUGUACUGUGAGGAUGUGAUGCUGCAGCUCGUCCUGAGGUAUCUGAUCCCCUGUAACUACAUGAUGCUGAGCCAGAGAAGGGUGGUGAAGGAGAGGGACUUCUACUCUGCGUCUGCUGCUAAGAUCCUAGCGCUCACCCCCUCCUGCUGCUCCCCAGAGCACAGCCCGCCGCCCCUCCGGCAGCUGGACUCCAUCCUGUGGACUAAAGGCUCAGACUGUCUCGGCCUCCACACCGAACAGACCGAAGAACACUUCCCAGAGGAAGACUCCUCCGGCUACUCGUGCGUGAUCGGCUCUGAGAUUUACCUGGACGUCAGCUACCUGCACUAUCUCUACGAUGCCCGCCUGGGCAUCAGCAGCUGCAUGCAGGCCUGCCGGGUGUGGUCGGCCCCUUACGACGGCGAGGAACCGCCUCCGGAAGAGUACCAGCCCAGCACCCUGGAGGAGGUGGGGGUCAGGGGUCGCCAGCCUCAGCACGUGCCCAAGAGGCUGCCUCAUCAGCAGGCGCGGCCCCCUCGCCCCAGCCCGAGCCCCAGCACCGAGCCGCCCUCCUCCAACCAGCUGGAGCUGGAGUGGGACGACAGCUACGACGCCUGUCCAGUGGUCUCCCCCGAUCCGGCUGAGUUUAGACCUGCUCAACCGCCCACCGCUGAGCCGCCCAAACACAUCCAGGAGAUGAGACGGACCGCCAUCAUGCUGGUGAAAGGCUCCUACAUCGAGGAGUCGGACUUCCAGAACGACGUCAUGGUCUACGACCUCGUGGCGAAAAAGGACAUGGAGGACGUUGUGGACGGUGGCCAGCCGACUGUAGAGACAGAGAACACAGAAGCUGGCCUAGAUGGGAACCCUGAGGAGCACGGUGCCUCACAGUCCAACCUCCAGCAAAAAGAGGCAACACUGAAGAACGGAAUCAGCCUGUCGAUCAGGUUGAGCACAGGAGACGACAGGAUUGGCCCAGAUGCCAAGGUCAAAGGUCAGUCGGAGCAGAGCGCGGGCCACACCGAGGUGUGUGACGACCUCGUGUCUCAGUACGAGGAGCUGAUUCGUACACUGGAUGGCGAGGUGGUAAAGGAGAGCCCAGUGAAAACAGACACGGAGUUCCAGAACGCCGUCACCGCCAUGGAGGAAGAGGAGGUCGACUUCAGCGCCUUCUCUGCAGACACCCCAGAGCCAGAGAAGAUCAGCUCGCCUUUUGGGACUAAGCAGAGAAGUGGGAGCAGGACCCAUUCAGUGCCUUUCACAGGUCCAUUUGUCAGUGUCCUGCUCUCCCGUCUGGAGAACAUGCUGGACAACUCUCUCCACGUCAACCUGCUGCUGACUGGCAUCCUGGCCCAGCUGGCCUGCUACCCCCAGCCCCUGCUCCGCUCCUUCCUCCUCAACACCAACAUGGUGUUCCAGCCCAGCGUACGCUCCCUAUACCAGGUACUGGCCUCUCUGAAAAACCAGAUAGAACAGCAGGUGGCGACCAGGAAGGACUCCCCAGACCUGAUAACUGCAGCGCAGCAUUACCUCCUCACCAGGGACACCACCCUCAGGGCUGCAGUCCCAGACACUUCCAGCGGAGACCACAGAGGACUCUCCACCAAUGGGGAAGGAGGAAGCAUGCUGAAGAGCUCGCCGCCGCCUCAACCCAAGACCAUCUCUCUGGCCAGAACCGAAGUCUUCGCCACUGUCCUUUUUACAGAGUUCCUCAAAGAGCUGGCUGCUAUCGCACAGGAGCACUCCAUCUUGUCGUACAUGGCCAUGGAGGAGUGAUACUGUCUCAUAGAGCGGGGGGUUGCCCUGUUUGGUUCUGUUUGAAGGUGUUUUCCCACAACGACAAAAAAGUCUUUCCAGCAUUAGUUGGUAAAGAUUAUAUAUCUUUGGUAAUUAGUUUCUCAUUCUCCCCUAGAGGUUUUCUUAAUAUAUAUGGAUAAAUACUGUAUAAAUACAGUUUAUAUAAUGGACUUUUUUUUAUUUAAAAGAAAAUCUACUUUGAAAGAUUCUUGUAUCUUUUUGGCACCAGUGCCCAAGGAGGGUUGUAUGCGUAAACAUUGUAACAACUACUGAAUGAGUCAUGUGAUUUGUGAGUGGAGGACGAUGACCUACUUACAAAGUGCACUUGGGAAACCCUGCACCGGCCAAUGACACUGAGAUGGAAGCUUUGGGCUCAUCAGCUAAAGGACAUAUGAAUACUUGGGACAAUGAGAAGUAAAGAAGUAAGUUUAAGCAAUGCACAAACAAGCUAUAAUUUGUCUCUGUGGGUAUAAGUAAUUGUGUGGGCAGGUGUUGGAUUUUAUACACACAAACUGCUCGUUUUGAUUCCAUCAAGCCACCAGCACUAGGAUGAUGGCCAUAGCUUUUAUACUGUUAAGUGUUUGCCUGGGAUCAAGAACCAAACAUUCAUUUCGCAGCUUUCAUCCAAAGCAGCAUAGAAAUAGUGCAUAUAGAAAGUACAGUGGAAAACCCAGGAUUAGAACUCUGCACUUAUGGUGAAAAGGAUCUGCUAAAUGAGUCAAAUGUAAACAUGUGGCCUUACAUAGAGAACACUACAGGAUUUCCAUAUAGCUAUCUCUCCAACAUUUGUCAGGUUAAACAAAAAUAAAUGUAUGAUGAUGUCAGAGCUUGAAUUUACCUUCAGGGGCAGUUCUUUGUGACGUGUCAUCAAUGUUUUUUAAGGAAUCCUUAUCAGAAUGAUUUUAGUUUGUUUCAGGAUACUUAAAUUAAUAAGCUAGUGCACUAAAUCAGCAAUCUCCAUUGUUCACAUAGUAAAUAUUUUUGGUUGUAGGUUUUACUGUUUGAUGGUGUACCUGUGAACAGUAACCUGUUUUCUGCGGUUGACUCUUAACCAACUCUUAAAAAAAACUCAAUCUCCCAGGGUGCAUUAGGUACAACUGAUUGAAAGCACAUGGGUUCUUCUCUGAAGGGGGCCUUUACAUAUCAGACGUGGUACACAGAGGAAUACAUGCUAAGACUUGCUCUAGUACUGUUUGUGUAUAUCGAUUCUUGGAAGGAAAAUGUUGAAACAACAUUCUAUGCAAAUCAAUAUUGAUAUUUUUGGGUUCGAUUUUCUUUUAUUUAUGUGGGGGUUUUUUAGACGGGGAAGGGUAUUUAAGAUGUAUGGUGUAUUUUUAUAGAGACGGUUUAUUGCCAUAUAUUGUUUUUGUUUUACUAUAAAGAUUUUCCCUUUGCUGUUUUUUUUCUUUUAGGAAAAAUCUGUUUAUUUCAUGUUUAUGCAGCCAUGUACAUGAAUUGGAUGGAUGGAUCACUUCUGGCACAUUGGUGAUUGAGCACAAUGGUUUGUCAACUGGUCCAAAUGGCAUCAGAUAAAUUGCCUGGAUAUUCAUGGUCUUACAUUUUAUACAUGUUACAUUAAACUACAUUUUUACCUGUGAGUGCUUUUGUUACAAUCUAUAGAAUCUGUCCAGGACACACAUGUAAAACUGGUGACCUGACCUAUUAAUCAGAUGUCCCCAUUGUUUGCACUUGGCUUGUCUGAGUGAUGUUGCAAAAACUGUAAAUUAACUGUAAUCAAAUCACACUUAUUUAAUAUUAGACAUGUUCAUCAGCAUCAGUAUGAUACGAUGCCAUAGGGAAUUGUUUCGAAGUGCUUAAAGGCUACAAUACAUCAGCUGGCUUGUUUUUAUUUUCUUUAUAAAAGUAUCCUAACCCGAUAUUUUCCAUGAAUGGCAUCCUGUCAGGUUAGUGUCCUGUUUCUACUGUUUCUUGUGUCAGAGGAACAAAGAAGGUCUCUUGAAUGUGUGUUCAUUCAUUAAAAGAAAUGGCUCUCA